AUGUUUCUCCAGCAGCUAUCUUUAAAUCCAAACCAGUCCUACAGCACGACGACAACGCUCGAAAACUUAAUAGAAAACUUACAGUUGUCAUUUAAUCAUGUUCCCAUCCUCACCCCCUUUGCAUCUAAGUCCGAAAGUGUUGAAAGGAUUAAAGAAAAACUGGGCAGUAGAAAAUCGACCUCUACCAUAGAUUUAAACACUUAUCUGCAGUUUCAGAAUUCAUUUGACUGCACCCAUGUCAUUCUUCUUGAAAAAGAGCUCUUUGACAAGUUUGGUAUUGAUAUUUCUCUUAUAAAAAAACCUUAUAUCGUUAUUGAGGGUAGGGAUAGCACAAAAAUCGGCGGGGGCGAUCUACCCAAAGCCCAACUCUGUAGAUUUUCAGUAAGACGACAAGGAGAGGAUGCAUUAGUCGCCCUUUUCAUUCUGACAAAGCUAUUUACUGGAACUGUAAUAGCUAAGAAGACAGAGCGUCUUAAGAUAUUUUUCAAGGUUUUCCAAAUUGAAUGGAAUAUUGUAAGUUUUUCCGAGUUAGAUACAUCUAGCAUUAGUGACAAUGUUGGAGAGUGUGUGGCCAUUAUGGAUCGCUAUUCAGACGCUGAUGCAGAAAAGAUUCCUAGUGCCGAAAGAAUGUUCUGUAUUGGAUUCAGCCAGAUGGGCUAUGAGCCUUUCAAUAUGGAUCUUUCACUUGCUGGGAAGUACAAGUACAGAAUAGGCGAUGUUUAUAGAUCGAUAACCCCAGCAGUGAUGAAGGGGGCAAAGCCGUUCGACUACGAAAGAUUUAGUCGAAUAAGCUAUUUGUAG